UAGUAUACACCCAAUUAAAACACGACAUGUGGCAUUUUGGUGCUAAUCUAAUUUCUAUGUCCGACCAAAACCCUCCUCCGUAAGUGCUAAACCCUGCCUGCCUCCAUUGCAGUCACCUCUUUCUGUUUUUCAGUUGAGUUAUAAAAGGUGGAAGAAAAUGAUAAAAAGGCGAUUUUACAAGCUUGAACAUGGUGAUAGAGAUGCUCCUUCGCAGUCCUCUUCAUCCUCCGACUCUGAAUUUGAGGCAGAGGAAACAGAAGACGAAGAGGAGGAGGAGGAGGAAGAGGAAGAGCAGGAUGACAAUGAAGUAAAGGAAGAGGAUGAUGGUGUUGCUCGUCUGACAGGAGGAAAUGAAUCUUCUUCGGGAUAUGAGAGUGAAGAUAGCUCUUUCAAUGAAGUUAAUCUUAACUCAUCAGGUCUUCCUAUGAGUGAUGAAGAUGUUACAACUCUAAAGGACAACAAGUUUGAUGGUGAAAGUUAUUUGUCUGAAAAGGUCAUUGCAGAAUCAGAUAUUAUGCAGAAUAGUUCUAUUCCCGAAGACGAUGAGAUUCCAAGUGAUGCUUCAGAUUAUGUCUUGAAAUGUAAAUCAGUUUAUAAGUGCAGGCUGUGUCCUAGAAUCGUCUGCUUGACUGUUCAGACUCUAAUUGCUCAUCUUAAAUCCAAAAGGCAUGCCCGCUCUAUAAAGCUGUUGAAAGAAGGGAGGCUUAAACUUAUGUUUAAUGAAGACGGAAGAAUUGAGGGAGAAAUUCAUCCUGAGGCGGAGGAUAGCCCAGUUAGAGAACAGAAUCCUUCAGCAUCAAAGAAGAAAAGCAAAGGACUGAAGAGGCAACUCAGGGAGAAGAAAUAUAAGAAUAAGGAAAACUUUUUGCCCGUGGAGAAUACUGUAGAGUCGAGAAGGAACCGUUCCAGGAAGAGGCAGAAAAACAAGUGAAGAACAUAGUUAGAUCUCGCUUAUAUGCAUUGAGCAUGAAUCUUUUCUACGAGAAAUUAGAAGCAAAAGGAACUACAUGUCUGAUAGGGGCUGGAAUUAGUUGUGUUUGCCCAACGGUGUCAUCCAAAAUAUCACAUUCCUUUUUUAAAGUUUUGAUCUGAGAGAGCAAUUUUGUACUUGGAUGUUGGAUCUAAAGCUUUGUUUCACUAGUUAGUGCAUGACAAAGAGAUGACAUGCAUUUCAAAACCUUUUGGCAAA